AUGGCACGACGUCCUAGCCUUCAAGCGACCAAAGAACGGCUUAAGGUUGUGGCCGAAGCUUCCAACCUACGGUGGAAGGCCAUGGUUGAGGAGCCGGAAUCGCUAGUAAUCGCCUGUCAGCCAUACGGUGGUGAUCGAGGUAUAAGAAGAGGGACGCCAUUUGCUGCUCAAACAGCAGCGGGAAAUGCUAUUCGUGCAGUAGUAGAUCAAGGUAUGCAACGAGCAGAAGYCAUGAUUAAAGGUCCCGGUCUCGGAAGAGACGCAGCAUUACGAGCUAUUCGCAGAAGUGGUAUACUAUUAACUUUCGUACGGRAUGUAACCCCUAUGCCACAUAAUGGCUGUAGACCCCUGAAAAAAAGACGUGUAGCUAUUGCAGCUGCUGAAGCCGCUAUUGGACUCGCUAUUGUUUCAUCAAUUUAUCGUAACAGAAAAUCAACUCGGAUAAAUCGUAGUAGGCUUAUAAUACCUUAG